UCGCUGUCAGACAAGAUGGCGGCGUCCUGUGUGCGGACCGUGGGAUCGAUUUUUGGAAAAUGUGGGAAUUGCAGCGCGAGUUUAAACACCGUCACGUCGCAGCUGAGUCGACAGGUCCUGAGCAGGCAGAUAUGUGUGAGCUCCGCGCUGCGCUGGAAGAACCUGGCGGCCGCGGGGCCCGAGAAGUUUACGGUGGAGUUCAUCCAGAAGCAGGUGGAGGAGUUUAACAUCGGGAAACGUCACCUGGCCAACAUGAUGGGAGAGGAUCCCGAGACCUUCACCCAGGCGGACAUAGAUAGGAGCGUGGCGUACCUCUUCCCCUCCGGCCUGUUUGAGAAGAAAGCCCGGCCCCUCAUGAAGCACCCAGAGGAGAUCUUUCCCAGGCAGAGAGCCGUCCAAUGGGGUGCAGACAGGCGUCCGUUCCACUUCCUGUUCUACACCGGCAAGCAGUCCUACUUCUCCAUGAUGCAUGAACUGUACGGCAAAACCCUGAAGAUACAGAAGCACCAAGAUCGACUGAGAGCCAAGGGCCUUUUCUCCAAGGACACCGCGUCGAUCUCUCUGGGCACCAGCAGGUGGCUCACGAAGGAGGAGCUGGAAGUGCUGCUGGUCGAGGACAUCUCCACUCACGACUACGCCCGCUUCAUCCAGCUGAUGGAGCACCUGCUGUCGAUGCCGUGCUGCGGCACCGAGGAGGACUUUGUGCUGCGGCACCGCCGGCAGCUGGAGGUCCUGUCCAGCAAGCAGGCGGUGCCCGCGCUGGAGCGAGACGAAAGGGGCGUGGCCUUCAGCACCGCAGACGGACGGAGGAAGACGUCGACCGCCUCCGUGGUUCUUCGAGACGGCGGCUCCGGACGCAUCGCCAUCAACGGCACGGACUACCUGCACUUCCUCUCCGUCCUCCAGGACAGAGAGCAGCUGAUGUUCCCGCUCCAGUUCAUGGGCAUGCUGGGCCGCUUCGACCUGGACUGCACCGUCAGCGGCGGCGGGCGGUCCAGCCAGGCGGGGGCGCUGCGGCUCGCCGUGUCCCGCGCCCUCCUCAGCUUCCUGUCUGAGGGGGAGGGGGAGAACAUGAGACAAGCCGGUCUGCUGACCCCUGACCCCAGAGUGAGGGAGAGGAAGAAGCCGGGCCAGGAGGGGGCGAGAAGGAAAUUCACCUGGAAGAAACGCUGAGGAAGAGAAACCGCCUCCCCUGAACUCUUAUUGUGAAACAUGCAGGCUGACUUCCGGUGUUUCCGUUUCCCAGAAGCCCCGUCGACUCUUAUUUAAGCUCGUGGAAGAAGAACAGAGGACACCAUUUCUUCACCACGCUGCAGUGAGCCUCUUCCGCCACCAGGUAGCAGUGCGUGACAAGGAACCAACAAGAUUAAUGAAUAUGUGGAGCCAAUAUAUUAAAACGUUUCUUUUUCAUGUG